AUGUAAUAUAUAAAAACAUAAACUAUAUAUUGCAUUGGAAUUUAAAAAUAUUUAAAGUAGGCUAUUCAAUUUGCAGGCGCAAAAUUUGCUAUUAAAAUAUUCAUUGACUUGAUCGUUUAUUUGUUAUCACUUUUACAAUUCCUAAGUUAAUUUUAAUGUUAAUUCAAAUUAUAAAGUUCUCACAUACCUUGA